UUGCCCACUGUUAAAGAAGCAUAAAACGUAAACAUUCAACAAUUUUGUUAAUAAAAUAUAAUUCAAUGGAGAACAAUGAGAAAAACUUAGGCAAGCUUACUGAAGAAUCACUUAAGCGUAAGGAACGUUUGCAGAAACUCCGCGAACAAGCACAAGCUAAAAAUACAGUAAAUGGGGAACAUGCGGAAAAAUUGACAAAGCCAGUUUUUCGCAGCUACACGCCGCUGAAUGAAAACACCGCGGGUGAAGUUCGCCCUCAGGAGCCUACGGGAAACAUUGAAACGGCCGUACAGUCGCAGCUUGAUUUGUUGCAGCAACCUAUGGUCAUAGAUGAAAUUGAUAUAACGAAUCUAGCGCCGCGCAAACCAGAUUGGGAUUUAAAACGUGAUGUUAGCAAGAAGCUCGAACGUCUAGAGCGGCGUACACAAAAAGCAAUUGCCGAGCUUAUACGUGAGCGGUUAAAGCUGAACCAGUUCGAGGACAUUAGCCAGGCUGUAAAUGUGGCCACGGCGCAGGUUGGCCGAAGCAAUGACGACGACUAUGACUAACCUUAUAUACAAUUAUAUUUAAUUAAGAUCAUUGAAAAUACAUAUAAAUUAAC